GAGUGGACAAGGACAAUAAUACAGUAGCACAUAUGGUACGCUGCGGCAUCUUCAAUCGUGUCACAGGCGACGGACAUGGCGGCCAGCGGCGCGCUCCCCGUGGUGGACCUGGCGCCGUUCUUCACCGACGACGGCCACGACGGCGGCGUCUCCCGCGCCAGCGCCACGGAGGCCGUGCGCCAGGCGUGCCGGACGCACGGCUUCUUCCGCGCCGUCAACCACGGCGUGCCGGCCCACCUCAUGGGGCGCGCGCUCGAGCUGUCGGCCGCGUUCUUCGCGCUGCCGGACGAGGACAAGGCCAGGGCCCGGGCGGCCGAGGGCGCCGAAGCGCCUCUCCCCGUGGGCUACGCGCGGCAGCCGGCGCACUCGGCGGACAAGAACGAGUACGUGCUGGUGUUUGAUCCCAAGCUUGGGUUCAACGUGUACCCCGCCGAGCCAGCCGGAUUCAGAGAGGCAGUGGAGGAGUGCUACGCCAAGCUCACAGAGCUGGGGCUGCUCAUCCAGGAGGUUGUGAACGAGUGCAUGGGCCUCCCGCCGGGCUUCCUCAGCGACUACAAUAGCGACCGCAGCUUCGACUUCAUGGCGGCGCUGCGCUACUUCCCGGCGACGGAGGAGGAGGUCAACGGCAUCAGCGCGCACGAGGACGGCAACUGCAUCACGUUUGUCAUCCAGGACGGCGUCGGGGGGCUCGAGGUCCUCAAGGACGGCGACUGGGUCCCGGUGGAGCCCGUCGACGGCAGCAUCAUCGUCAAUCUAGGCGACGUCAUACAGGUGCUGAGUAACAACAAGCUCAAGAGCGCGACGCACCGGGUGGUGAGGAGGCCGGUGCACAGGCACUCGUUCGCGUUCUUCUUCAACAUCCACGGCGACAAGUGGAUCGAGCCGCUGCCGGAGUUCACGGCCAAGAUCGGCGAGGCGCCACGGUACAGGGGGUUCGUGUACAACGAGUAUAUGCAGCUGCGGAUGAAGAACAAGACCCAUCCGCCGGAGAGGCCCGAGGAUGUGGUCCAUAUAACCCACUACGCCAUCUAGCUUGUGAAUUGAAACGGGGCUUCUCUAUGCGCAGAAAUGCACACAAGCAACCUGCUCAUUUGUGAGGCGGUACAAACCUAGCUACAAAUAAUGGUGGUGUCAGCUCUUGUUAAGAUGCCUGUGGUCUGGGCAUCGCACCAUGCUAUGCUAUCAUUGAAAUUGAGAUUAAAUAAACAAAAUAUCAAGGUACGGCACUGUGUCGUCGUCACGUCUA